GCAGCUUCCACAGCCAGGAAGCAGCAAACACAAAUACUCCCCACUUGUAAUCUGUACAUCUCGAGUGUGGUAGUCUAUUUCGUUUACUUCGACGAAGACACGGGGGGGGGUAAACACAGCGAGAGCUUCCCAAGAGCUUCGUGAUACUUGCCACAGGAGACCAGGACCGCUGACUUUCGAGGUUUGGACGCUUGACAAGAGACAAUGUCCGACAACGUCAGCAGCAGCAGCAGCGCUGCCGGAGCGCCUGAGCUGGGACCUCAGAGCAAGAUCGCUAUCGUCCCGGACGCGUCGGCUGGAUCGAACCCAAACGGGAACGGUCACAGCGUUGUGGAGAAGGCACACAGCAGCCCCGCGAAUGGUGUCGAGAUCUCGCCACCAGCACCGGCACCACCGGCAGAAGUAGCCGUGGUUGCCGCUAAUAAGACCGACUCGUCAAAGCUGGCGUUUAACCCGAUCAGCCCUGGGCUGAGCAGCGUCAAGCUACCGCUGGGCCCUUCACCCAAGGAGGAAGCGAAAACGGCUUCGCCCGAGAAAAAGGAAGAGGAGGAGCCGCCUGUGGAGGCUAAGGUCGGGGACCUGGUAGAGUUGUUCAUGGGGAGGGGCCAGGUUCGCGGCAUCCGACAAGAGGACGGCAUGCUCGAGGUGUGGGCCGUGGGCUGGGAGAUGGCCGGCGAGCAGAGGGCUCGCUUCUUCGUCCCGAGGGAGACCGUCAAGGUGGUUCCGACGGUGUACUACAAGAUGAACGCGCUGGAACGGCUGCAGAUGGCCGCGUGGUUGAAGGAAGAGGGUGCCAAGCUGUUCAAGGCAGGCGAUUUCGAGAAGGCUGCCACAAAGUAUAUGAAGUCGAUCGGCGUGCUCAAGACGGGCGAGUUCACCACCAACGCCCAGAACGCGAGAGCGGUGCAGCUGAUGAUCCCGUGCCACAACAACGCCGCCACGUGCUACAUCAAGAGAAAAAACUACGGGGACGCUAGGCUCCUUACAGAGAACGUCGACACCCUCUGCAGCGCCUUAGAGCGCAACAGGGACGGUAAGGUGAUGAAGGAGCUGAAGGAGAGAGGGGUCGGGGAGACCACCAUCCUGGGCCAGUGGUGGUGCAAGGGGUUGUUCUUGGGAGGCAAGGCGUGCCUCUACCAGAGCGAGAAUGAGGAGGCGGUAAACUACCUCAAGAAGGGGAGCAGGUUGGCCAAGCCUGCGGCUCUGGCGAAGCUUCGUGCGGAGAUCAACAACGAGCUUGAGAAGGCGACGAAGCGAUUGGCCAGCCAGACCAAGAAGGCGCAAAAGAUGUGGUCAAAGGCGUUCUCUAAGAACUCUACAGACGUUGCGCCAGAGCAAGAAGGAGUCCCUGCUGCAGCCGAGAAGAGAGCUUUGCCGUCUAUGCCCACGCGAGCGAUGGACGGGAGGAAUGGGGGUCCUGAGAAGUCCGUGGUGGAGCGAUUGGAGGCGUUGGCAAAGAUGGGGGUGGUUCCAGCGAUUCCAGAGCCUAGCAAGACAACCCCGAAGCAAGAUGAGGAGCAGGGCGAAGAAGGCGAAUCGGAAGAGGAAGAAUACGACUCAGAAUACGAAUACGAUGACGACGAAGGCUCAGGGUCUUUAGCGUCGAGCGGGCUGCUGUGGGGGUCGCUAGCGGUCGGGGCUGUCGCGCUCUCCGUUGCGACGCUCGUGGCGUUGGGGAAGAGACGCUGAGUGUCGGUGUGGGGCCGCCGUGACCGUGCGUUUUCUUCUUCCUCGUGUGUGCGCGCGUCUUGUGGUUGUUUGGGUUGGCUCUGUCCACGACGGAGACACACUCUGUUUGGUGGUUUCAUCGUUGUUGUUGGAGGAAAUAACGUUCUUGACGGG